AUCCAUCUUGUUCCGUGGAAGCAGCUAACACUUCAAUAAUGUCUGGCAGAGGAAAGGGCGGUAAGGGUUUGGGCAAAGGUGGCGCCAAGCGUCACCGUAAAGUCCUUCGUGACAACAUCCAGGGUAUCACCAAGCCCGCCAUUCGCCGCCUUGCUCGGCGCGGUGGAGUCAAGCGUAUCUCCGGACUCAUCUAUGAGGAAACUCGUGGUGUGCUUAAGGUCUUCCUGGAGAAUGUCAUUCGUGACGCCGUGACCUACACGGAGCACGCCAAGAGGAAGACCGUCACCGCCAUGGAUGUGGUCUACGCCCUCAAAAGGCAGGGGCGCACUCUGUACGGCUUCGGCGGCAAGAUCAGCAUGCCUGACCCCGCGAAGUCUGCGCCCAAGAAGGGCUCCAAAAAAGCCGUCACCAAGUCCGCCGCCAAGCCUGGCAAGAGGAGGAGGAAGGGAAGAAAGGAAAGCUAUGCCAUCUACGUGUACAAGGUCCUGAAGCAGGUCCACCCCGAUACCGGCAUCUCUUCCAAGGCCAUGAGCAUCAUGAACUCGUUCGUCAACGACAUUUUCGAGCGCAUCGCCUCCGAGGCCUCCCGCCUGGCGCACUACAACAAGCGCUCUACCAUCACGUCCAGGGAGAUUCAGACCGCCGUGCGCCUACUGCUCCCCGAAAUGGCAGAAGUCCCACCAGCUCCAGCCGCCCCGGCGGCGAAAAGCGCCGCUAAGAAAAAGGCUCCUUCUAAGCCUAAAUCGCCCGGACCGAGCGCCAGUGAGCUCAUCCUCGAAGCCGUGUCAGCGUCGAAAGAGCGCAAUGGCGUCUCUCUGGCCGGACUCAAGAAGUACAUGCUCGCUAAAGGCUACGACGUGGAGAAGAACAAGUCUCGCCUGAAGACUGUCAUCAAGGGGAUGGUGGCAAAGGGAACUUUGGACCAGACCAAGGGCACCGGCGCUUCCGGCUCCUUCAAGAUGAGCAAGAAGGUAGAUAUCAAAACAACAAAAGCGUCCGCUAAGCCAAAGAAGACUCCCGUCAAAGCCAAGAAAGUCCCGGUGAAGAAGCCCGCGCCAAGCAAGAAGCCUAAAGCCACUGCAGCGAAGGCUGCUGUCAAGAAGGCAACUAAAAAGUCCGCGUCGCCUAAGAAGACCAAGAAGCCCGUCAAGAGCGCCAAGAAACCGGCUGCGUCGCCCAAAAAAGCCCCUGCGGCCAAGAAGGCUGUCGCCGCUAAGAAGUCUCCUGCCAAGAAGGCCGCUAAGCCCAGAACGCGCUGUCUCGCCUGGAUAAAACCCGCAGCUCGCAACGAUUUCCUCAUUCUCUCUUUUAGAGGACAUUCUCUAACAAUGGCAAGAACGAAGCAGACAGCUCGUAAGUCCACCGGAGGUAAGGCUCCUAGGAAGCAGCUGGCCACUAAGGCAGCCCGUAAAAGUGCCCCUGCCACCGGCGGUGUCAAGAAACCUCAUCGCUACAGGCCCGGUACCGUGGCCCUUCGCGAAAUCCGCCGCUACCAGAAAUCGACCGAGCUGCUGAUCCGCAAACUGCCCUUCCAGCGCCUGGUUAGGGAGAUCGCCCAGGACUUCAAGACCGACCUGCGUUUCCAAAGCUCAGCUGUCAUGGCUUUGCAGGAGUCUAGCGAGGCUUAUCUGGUGGGCCUCUUUGAGGACACCAACUUUCUGAUAAAAAAAUAAAAAACAGAAAUGUCUGGCCGCGGAAAAGGGGGUAAAGGGCUCGGUAAGGGAGGCGCAAAGCGUCACCGCAAGGUUCUGCGUGACAACAUCCAGGGCAUUACAAAGCCCGCUAUCCGCCGUCUAGCGCGCCGUGGUGGAGUAAAGCGCAUCUCUGGUUUGAUUUACGAAGAGACCCGUGGUGUGCUUAAAGUAUUUUUGGAGAACGUCAUCCGCGACGCUGUUACCUACACCGAACACGCCAAGAGGAAGACAGUCACCGCAAUGGACGUGGUUUACGCCCUCAAGAGGCAGGGCCGCACUCUCUACGGCUUUGGCGGCUAAAAUCAUAAUCCUCCACAAACAAAAAGGUCCUUUUAAGGGCCACACACUUCUACCAAAACGAGUAUGCAUU